GCCGCGCCCCGCCGGCACACUGCUGGCUCGCCACAUGUGCUCGCUCGCUCACGCAUCGAUGUAGCUAGGAAGAUUUUUCUGCUGUUGUGAAUUGAUAAAUUUCAUUAUCUAGAACGUCAUGGCAGUUCCAAAAGAGAUAGCGCAGAAUUUAGACGAUUUCAAGGCAGCACUAAAUGAAGUAGAAGAUGUAUUCAAACCUAUGAAUUCAGUCAGUUUAGCCGAUAUCAAUGGAAAGCUGGAUGCAUUGGACAGGGCCAAGUUACAACUUGUCUUUGCGUAUUCCAUCAAUUCAUUCUUCUGGAUGUACCUAUGCACACAAGGUGUUGAUCCAAGGAGCCAUCAAGUCAAACGAGAAUUAGGCAGAAUACAGAAGUACAUGGCGAGGGUGAAGGAAAUUGCUGAUAAAAAGAAAGCUGCCAAACUGGAUACUGGAGCAGCGAAGAGGUUCAUCAGGAAUGCUCUGUGGGAAAAUGAAUCAGGUGAAGGUCAAUCUCAGACAACGAAAAGGAAAGGGGAGAAUGAGCCAGCAGGUCCUUCUAAGAAAUCGAGAUGAUGAGGACUCAGAGAGAUUUUAAAGACCUUCAUGGACCGACUUUUUUAAGAGAUAUGCACUGCAACAGCCUUUUUUUUCUUAUGUGCCAUGGAGAUGAGAGAGGAAUAUCAUGAAAUCUUAAAUUUUGGUCUCCUGAGGAAGAGCCAUGUUAUCUCUGCAACAUCCUCUUUUAUUUUGAACCAUGCAGUUGAGAGAAAUGUCUUGAAGCUUCAAUUUUGAAUAGUUGAGGAACAGCCAUGUUAACACUUCAACAUCCUUUUUCAUAUGGAUCACGGGGGAGAGAGAUGGUGUGAAGCUUCAAUUUUGAUCUGCUCAAGGAGGGGCCAUGUUUUCACUGCAAUAUCCUUCUUCAUAUGGAUCAUGGAGGAGAGAGAAAUGUCUUGGAAGCUUCCAUUUUGAUUUGCUGCUCAAGGAAGGACCAUGUUUUGCAGAGUGACAUGUUUUACGUAGAGCAACGAGGUAUUGACAUUGGACAUUGACCAUGCUCUUUGAUUAGUCCCGACAGCUAUGCCAGUAUGUAAACAAGCAAUGCGAUAUAUUAUGGUAUAGAUCUGAUAUCCUUACUCCUUUUUACCAAGCAUUGGGACUAUUUAUAUUUUUAACAGAGUUUUUUUAGGGGAUUCCGUACAGAUAUGAAGCUGCAUGCUAACACCUUUACACCAUAUUGAAUGCAAAAAAAAAUCAUUAUCAAUUGGAGAGAUGUACAUGUUAUAUUGACCACAUUGUCACAGUAGAUUUUAUGUGGUGUCAUUUUAAUUUCUAUGUUGUGUCUUUCCAAGUAACUUUUUGGGAUUUACUCCCUAUCUCGACUAUAUAGCGAAUAUACCCACCAAUCCUCAAAUUUGUAAGAAUUCUUUGUAGGAUAUCAAAAAAGAUAUCGAACAAUAUGGAGGUACUUUGGAAAUUCUUUAGAGUGGUGGUAUAAAGCUUUAGAACACUUGAUUCUGCCGCCAAUCACUUACAGUUGAGUGUACUACGACAGAUAUAGCUCAAUGCUGGGUGGUGUUUCAUAAAGCUGUU